GGAAAGCAGGGCGCUGAAUACUUGGGAUUUACGAUCUGAUGGCAUAGGCGUGUUUUGUUCUAUUUUUCUGGAUACACCAUUAACUUGGGGAUUAUUAACAUUUCGAAAGUAUGAUGCCAGUUUGCGUUCGUGUAGGCUACUCUUCUCCAACUUUGGCUUUCUGGUGGAGAAAACGAAUCCAUCUUUGAAAUCUUCGAAAGUACUCCAGUACACAGGCUAGCCUACUUUACGGGGCAAGGAUUUCUUUAAGGAUCGAAAGGAAGUUUGGAAUUUUGGAAGCGUUUCUGACUUGGAUUCAAAUAUGUUGGAAUUCUACUGUGAAGCAAGACUUCUAUUCGGCAUGUGAUCAGCUCUGAUGACAUUAGAUGACAUUUUUUCCUCAUUGUGAUGGUUGAUGUGAACGUUAACUGAAGCUCCAGCCCUACAACUAGUAGAUAUUUUGAUUAAGAACAGAAAAUGAAGUCAAGUAGAUAAUUUAUACAGAAAUUACACAAUGCCAAAGUUGGGUCCGGCCAGGAAAUGACCAAAAAGUAUGCCAGUACUUGGAGGGAGCGAUAUUCAGCUGUUCUGAGAAUGGGACAGGUCUUUUGUGCUUUGGACACAUCUUGACUUGAGGGCGCAGCUGACUGACGAAGAGGAGGUAGGGAUUCUGAAGCCGAGGACCCCCCCACCCACAGAGCCUCGGCCCUCGCACCUCUGCCCCUCCCUGAGACAUGCCUUUCCGACUCAAGCCCUGGCGCACCCGCCGCUACGUCUUGAGCAAGAACUGCUUUGUGACACGCAUCCGUCUCCUGGACAACAAUGUAAUUGAAUGCACACUGUCGGUGGAAAGCACAGGCCAGGAGUGCCUGGAGGCUGUCGCCCAGAGGUUGGAGCUCAGAGAGACGCACUACUUUGGCCUGUGGUUCCACACUAAAGCUCAGUGGCAUAGAUGGGUGGAACUGGAGAAAGCCCUGAAGAAGCAACUGGAUAAGUUUGGCAACGAGCCCCUGCUUUUCUUCGGAGUGAUGUUCUACGUGCCAAACGUCUCCCGCCUGGAGCAGGAGGUCACAAGGUACCAAUAUUACCUUCAAGUGAAAAAGGAAGUUCUUGAUGGACGUCUGCAGUGCACUGUGGAGCAGGGAAUUCGGCUAGCUGGCUUGGCUGUGCAAGCCGAUUUUGGAGACUUCAACCAGUUUCACUCCCAGGAUUUCCUCAGGGAAUACGUACUAUUUCCAGUGACCUGGACACAUGUGGAUGAGGUUCUGGAAGAGUGGACGCACAAAGUGGCAGUAGAACACAAGAGUCACUGUGGAAUGCAGCCAGCAGAAGCCGAGUUGCUGUACAUAAAGGAAGUAGAGAAGCUGGAUGGCUUUGGCCAGGAAAGCUUUGCUGCUAAGGACAACUACACAAAUGACAUCUACAUCGGUGUUUCCUUCAUCGGCGUGUUCGUCAAGCACAGAAAUGGGAGAUCAAUCAUGCUGCACAGGUGGAAAGACAUUGGCAACAUCGCCCACAAUAAGUCUGCCAUCACUGUGGAGAUAACAAGCAGAGAUGACACCAUCAUGUUUCACACUGAUGACAUGGAAAUGUCCAAAUACAUUUCAACACUCUUCACUGCCAGACAUAAAUUCUACAAACAGAACAAAAUAUGUGCAGAGCCAGCCCACUCCCCAGCACCAAUUCGGAGACGGCCCACAUGGAACCGGUCCUCACUGCCGAGGCCACAGUCCUGCAUCAUCCAGCCUAUGCACUCCCAGUAUGCAGAACAUUACCAGGAUACUCAGAGUUCACAAGACAGUAUUUUCCAUGACGACCCCUAUUACAAGUCGGAGACCAGCCUGGAUCGAUGCCCAGUAGAUUUCGGCUUCCGGAAUGGGACAGUUCCCAAUGGCAGCGUGUACAGCACACCCAGCAUGAACUCCAUCCAGGCCUCGCCUAUGUCGUCCAACCUCAGCAUCCCUGGCAGUGAUGUCAUGCGUACCGACUACGUCCCCAGCCACCGGCACAGUGCCAUCAUAGCCCCCUCCUACCGGCCCACACCUGAAUAUGAGGCCGUCAUGCGGCAGAAGUGUCGCCUGCUGCCUGCCACGGACUGCCACAGCCAGUCACUGCGGAGUCUCAAUAUCAGCAACACCUUUGCCUAUCGCCAACCCGAGGCCCUGGUGUAUAGCCAGCCUGAGAUGAGGGAGCGGGGGCCCUACCUGGGCCCUUAUGGCCCCCAGGUGAGCUACAGCAAGCCCAUGGCUCCCUUGGCACAGGCAGGCCCAAGUUGUGUGGUGUCAGCCGGUGGACAGGCUUCAGCAGGUAGUGCCAUCUCGCACACCGUCAGCACCCCGGAGUUGGCCAACACCAAGCAGCAGUGUGCCCAGGGCUACAGCAAUGCCACCCACAUGCUGCGGAAUCAGCUGUCCCGCCCACCGCCCCCUUACCCCACCUUCCGGCCAGCCACGAGCACGCCCGAUCUGGCCAGUCACCGCCACAGGUGCAUGGGGGGCAGCAGCCCAGAGCUCGUCAGCCGCAAAGUGCAGCUGUCGGUCAAGACCUUCCAGCCAGACAGCUCGACGGUGGUCCGUCAGUCCAUGGUCCAGGAGGUCAGUGAACCCCUUACGGCUGCCAAACGCCAUUCAGCCCUUGGCAAGCGACACAGCCUGGAGGUGAUCAGCAGCAUGGUGCGGGGCAUGGAGGCCAUGGCCCUCAAGACUCUCAACGCCCCCCUGCCUCGCAGGAACACAGUGAGGGAGCAGGUGGCUCCGUCUCCUCCCCAGCCAGCCCCUGAAAUGGCCCCAUCGAAAGCCCCCGAGGAUACUUACCGGCAUAAGAAGACCCUCUCAAAUGCCACCAUGCUUGUCCACAGCAGCGAGAGUGAGGAAGAGGAGGAGGAGACACCCGACCUGGAUGUCCAGAUCCCGGGGCUCAAUGAGGACAUUGGUGCCCAGCUCCAGGCUGCCCUAGCAAAAAUCCCCAACAAGCCCCCCCCUGAGUACCCUGGCCCCCGGAGGGCAGUCAGCAAUAGCACUCUGCGGCAGAGGAACCAGGCAUUGGCUGAGGAGGCGGCACAGGCCCGGAUGACUAAAGCAGGCCACAAUCAGGGUGGUGCCGGGGCUCUUGCGCGCUCCGAACAGCAGGCCAGCCUCAACGGUGCCGGACUUGGUCCCUCCUUAUCUGAGCCUGACCUGACCAGCGUUAAGGAGCGGGUGAGAAAGGAGCCAGUGAAAGAGCGGCCUGUGUCUGAGAUGUUCUCCAUUGAGGACAGUAUCGUGGAGAGGGAGAUAAUGCAGAGGACGCUGGAGAAACAGAAGAUGUCAGUGGACUCUUUGAAGAGGCCUCUGAUGAUGGCAGCCCUCAAUGGGCUCUACAUGGCCCGCAUGCCGGUUCCUGAGAGCCAGCGGGAGGACGUGGCCAAAUGCUCCACCGAUGAACGGUGUAAACAUCUGGAGCAGACCCUGGAGGGGGAGCGCAUUUUCACGGAGUAUGAGCAGAUCCCCAAGAAGAGAGCCGAAUGCACAGCUGCCACGGCAACUCUACCCGAGAACAUUGAACGCAAUCGCUUCCGGGACGUUGUGCCAUAUGAGGAGAAUCGUCUGGAGCUGGUCCCCACCAAAGAGAACAACACUGGCUACAUCAAUGCCUCACACAUCAAGGUGAUGAUCACUGGGGAAGAAUGGCACUAUAUCGCCACUCAGGGGCCCCUGCCAAACACAUGCCAGGACUUCUGGCAGAUGAUCUGGGAGCAGGGAGUGAAUGUCAUCGCCAUGGUUACAGCUGAAGAGGAGGGUGGCAGGUCGAAGAGCCACAGGUACUGGCCUAAGCUGGGCUCCAAGCACAACUCAGCCACUCACGGCAAGUUUAAAGUGACCACGAAGUUCCGCACGGAUUCGGGCUGCUAUGCCACCACGGGGUUAAAGGUCAAGCACCUGCUGUCUGGGCAGGAAAGGACGGUGUGGCACCUACAGUACACUGACUGGCCUGACCAUGGGUGCCCAGAAUAUGUCCAGGGUUUCCUCUCAUACCUUGAGGAGAUCCAGUCUGUGCGUCGGCACACCAACAGUAUGCUGGACACUUCCAAGAGCCUGAACCCGCCCAUUGUGGUGCACUGUAGUGCAGGGGUAGGGCGGACUGGCGUGGUCAUCCUGACCGAGCUCAUGAUCAGCUGCCUGGAGCACAAUGAGAGGGUGGAUGUUCCCGUGAUGCUGGGUCGACUCCGGCAGCAACGCAUGCUUAUGGUCCAGACCAUCUCCCAGUACAAAUUUGUCUACCAGGUUCUGAUCCAGUUUCUCAAGAACUCUCGUCUGAUAUGAGCCUAUCUGGAGACCGCUCUUUCCCUUCUCUCCAGUCGAGAACAGACAUGGUGUCGGUACCGAGUACUCUCCCCAGAAACAAGUGCAUUUCACCCAGUACGUUUAUUUUUUGAUAAACGUUUGUGUUUCGUGUUUAUCUCAUUUUUUCAGUUGCAUUUAUAAAGGCUUUAUAUUUUUUGAUAAGGCUACAGCCAGUUAGAGAGUUUGAUAGGAUCUGUCAUCUUGCUAAGAUGCUUCUCACUGGUGUAUUCAUGGAUAAAUUACGUAUAAGAUUGCAGUAUGUAACAUCUAUGCAACAAGUUCUUACCAAAUUAAACAUAUAUGGAUAAAUUAUCCUUUAUUGGACUUAUUAUAGUGUUUCUGCAUAACAAGAGAUAUCAAAAGAAACAAGAAAAAGCUAUGUACGUCUUUUUAAAGAUCUUCUAAUGUAUGUAAAAUCCCAAUAUUGGUUGAUCAAAAAGAAAAAAUCUAUAGUUGUUUUGUAUUGAAUAUAUAUUUGGCAUGUGGAACAGCAAGAUGGCAAAUAAAAAAGUUUACUAGUUGAAAUACAAGGAAGCUAUAUAAAGGUUUUUGAAAAGUAAAGUAAAUACAAAUUAGUAUGUGGUAAUAUAGUACCUUUCUAUACCAGCAGAGGACAGCAAACACUUGUGCUAAAAUCAUCCUUUAAGGCAGGGGUGUCCAAUCUUAUCCAGAAAGGGCCGGUGUGUGUGCAGGUUGUUGUUUUAGCACAGGACGAAGACAGCUGAUUCUACUCAUCAAGGUCUUGAUUAAAGACCACAAUUAGUUCAUUAGUAUAAUCAGGUGUGUUACUGCUGGGUUAAAACAAAAACCUGCACCCACGCCGGCCCUUUUAGGAUAAGAUUGGACACCUCUGCUUUAAGUAGAAACUCCUGUAGAAACUGUAGAAACCUUUACUCCUCACUCCUGGUCCUAGUAAGCCACAAGAUGUGAUGGCUUUUGUUGUUACUCUGCGCUUAAUUUAUCAAUUAAAGCGGUAAAUCACACAGCUCAUAUCACUGGUUUCUUGGGUCUGAAUUGGUUGCUGAUAUUAAGGCAGAAAUAAAAACCAGCACACCCUGCGACUCUCCAGGGACAGGAGCGAGAUCCACUGCUUCAGCUUUCCAAUGUUUUCAGUUAUGGAAAUGUGCUACGACAGAUGGUUGUAAAAUACAUUGAAAACUUGUCAAGACAUUUCAAUAUUUAAUAUUUUAAUGUGUUAAUUUAUUUUCUUAUUGACAUUUACAUAAGUUUUUUUCAUGCAUUUUUCUAGUGAAUGCUGGCAUUUUCAAGCGAAUCUGGUGCCUAGACAUCACUCUGAAUACCUUUUACUAGCAUUUUCUUAUAUAGUUGGAAAAACAGUUUACAGUUUCACCAUUGUUUACUUGGUUUUUUAAAAUAUAUAUAUAUAUAUUUUGGAAUCAGUAUUUCAUUUUCUAAAUUCUCCUGAACUACUUUAAAUUCUAUAGGUAUUAUCAGAUUUUGUAUUGUGAAAUGUUCAUUUUUGAAGAUGACAUACUGGGUUGCAGUACAAGAUGGCUGUAUUUUUUCUUACUGAAGAAUCCGUUUUAAAUAUAAACAUAUUUGACUUAUCUCUUCAAGGCUGAAGCUGCCUGUUGUGUGAGGUUCUUGCCUUAAUUGAAAAAGGUAAAUGUAAAUAAACCAUCUACUAUUAUUAAGGUCACUGUUCAGUCAUUGUAGCUGUAUACUUAAGGGUCCACUUUUGGCAUCAGUGUGUAAAGUUUGAUUUGUGUUUUUUUAUGCAUUCUCUUUUUCCUUAAACAUUUCACAUAUUCCAUUAAUAAUUUCUUACACAGUUCGAUACUUUUCCACUUUGAUUUGAUAUUACUGUGUUGUCUGUAAAGUGUUCACAUCCACAAUCCACAUACAUUUCCAGUCUUCUUUCCUUUCUCACUAAAAGCUCUUCAAGUGACUUGGCAGAGCUCUGUAGUAUCAGGCCAUUAAUUGUCAUUUGUCUGAAAUUAUGCAAGGGUGCUGGUCUUUUCCCCAAGAAAAAGGGUGCAACCGCAAGUCUGACCGUAAUUUUGAGGAUGAGGUAAAAUCCAUCAGGGAUGUGCUGGGCAAUGCUUAAACAGGUGCGCUAGUCAAUCUCUAAACCAUUGUAUAAUUUGCAUGAGACAUGACCUUUGUGGCUGAGAAUGGCAUUUAGUGAGUGUUGCUAGUAGACCACCAGCUUUACUGCUGAAGGCAGCAGUUGUUGCUGCUAAAGGCCAGGGAAAAUUGCCAGUGGUGUGUUUGCCUUCUGUUAGCAAAUUUCAAAUGGCUAACAAACAGGAAGCAGGCUGUAGAUCCACUUUACCUGGAAUAUGUGUAGUUUGCAUACUGUGAAUAUUCUGUUGCCCCUUAAUACCUCUUUUAUGCUGAAAAUUCAGUUAUACUGCUCAAGAGCAGGUUCUUGUUCCAGUCAAGAACUAUCAGAGUAUAUCCUGACUGGCUGUAGUAUGAAAGCAUAAUUCUCAGUCAUCAAGGUCACGUAUCAUUUUUAUACCAUGUGACAAAUUCAAUUUAAUUUUGACGUGGAGUGCCUGCAUAGACCCUUCCAGGUUGUUGGUGAAGGCUGAGAAAAUUAGAACACCUCUGGGCUGAUACAUUUCAACUCAUGUGAAACACACAAAGCACAAGUGUACAAUUUUCAGGAAACAUUUAAAAUGACAGAAAUUGAAAGAAAACUGAUAUCUGAGCUUGGUUAUCUAGAAAUAACUGAAGGAGAGUAAUGCUAAAAGCAUCUGUAUCUCUCAGGGCAGUGGUGUCAGUAACCCCUCCCCAAUAUACUCAUCUUGUAUUUUCUGCUAAAUUUCAACUAGCUAACGAAACAUAAAAUGACCCCCAAGCUCAACUUGGAGCCAUUUUAUUUCAAAUAAAGGCCGUUACCGGAUAAACUAAGUGCCUAAUACCGACUACAGACCUUAUAAUAUAGUCUGUAUUGUCGGUUUUUGUAUUUAUCCUUUAUAAAUAUUUUUUAAAUUCUGUGCAGAGGAGGAAGUACUGUCCUUGUAUUAUAUGCCAUUGUGGACGUGCAGAAUUUAUAUGGUUUUGACUUGGUACUUAUUAAUACCAUAAAAGAAAGAAACUAUGCAUGAUUUCAUAUUCUAAUGUGUGUAUAUAUACUCAAAUCGGUAUAUAAGCUUAUGCUUUUCUAGUGUUUUUGCACUUCUUCCCUAAUAUGACAGUAUUGUUUCACGCUGCGUUGCAUUCCAUGGCUGCAGUUCCCCUUGUCUCAUGAUCAUGAUUUUUCCAAACACUUUGAUGUACAUAGGUUUUGUAUAUGCUGUGUAAGUGCAUUGUCUCUUUUCUGAAAUGUACAAUGCUGUCAAUCUCGCUCAUUAUGCAAUAAAGCAUUAUUUUACGUU